AUGCUGUCCUCUUCAUUUCCUUUGAACGAAUCCAAUGAAACAUCGCAACAUGUCGGAGCGGUAAGCAAGCCAAUGCCAUUGGAGAAAGAGAGAUCCUGGGGAAGGCUCAUUUGGGCGGUGGCAGCUGACUUGGCUCUUGACACGGUCACCGCAGCCAGCGGCUGCUUCUUCUUUCAGCGCUUCUGCCUGGCUGAGCGGACCGAAGGCGAUUUCGACCACCAUCGCCUGGCCAUGGCCAGUUUGUGGCUGGCGACCAAGGUGAGGGAAACUUCCUGCCGCCUAAGAGACAUUGUCAAUGGCUUCGAGGUCCUCCUCCAGCGAGCUGAGAGUUGCGGCAUGCCUAUGGAGGUCUACUGGGCCAUGCGAGACGAGAUCGUGGUACACGAACAGGUCUUGCUUCGGGGCUUGGGCUUUGAUGUGGAGCUCACCUCAGCUUACGCAUACCUGUGUGAGUUUUCUUGGAUGCUGGGAAGCAGUGAAAGCCAAGUUCUUCGGUUAGCAUGGACGCUUCUGAACGAUGCUUUCCGAUGCGAAAUCUGCGCCAUGGCUUCUUCGGAUCGGCUGGCGCUGGGCUGUUUGCUGCUGGCGCUGGAGCUGAGUCGACGUGUUCCUUCCCUGCAGCUGGAGGCCGCACAGUUGUCGUCGCGCCUGGAGCGACUGCUGCGAGAGCCGCAGCUGGAGGAGUUCCUGGGGCUUGGUGCGGGCGGCGAGGAGAUCGAGGACAUUUGCCGAGAUCUUUUGGCAAUGUACGAAGACGUGGCAGACAAAGAAGGACGAACGAAUUGUAGCGCAAGUGGUACGGAGCUGAUGCAGCGUUUGUUGUUUCACUGGAACCAUGACGUGGCCAACCAGGGCUGGAUGGGCUGCGUUGAUGCGCGACAAUUUGGACAACGUGAAGCUGGUCAUGCGCUCCAUGGAGCGACAUCUUGCCUGUUGGGAUACUUAGGUCCAGAAGUUUCGGAGGCCGGCUGCCUCCUGAUAGGACACCUUUGUUCCUGCACUGCCACCAAGACGGGCGAUCUGAUGCCGGUACGAGUGAAGGCUCAUCGAGAUAGUCAGAACAACCUUUGCAGGGAAGGAGCGGUGGAGAUCAUCGUGGAUGUCAUGACCCUGUAUAUGAAGGAGGUGAGGUCUAUGACAAACAAGGCCCACAUGCUGAUGCAGGAAAAGAUGAAGGAAGCAGAAGGGCAGCGCCAGAAACAAGAUGAAGUGGAGAUGGGCUUGGCGCGGCCAGACCGGGUCGCGGUCAAUGUCUUUGGAAAGAUCGGUGGUGGAUUGAAAGACCGCAUCCUGAAAGUGCAGGCGAACAUCGAACUUCGUCAGGCCUGGCAGAAGGUGUUGGAUCGCGAGGUCAGUGUUGGCCGCCUAUUGAAUGCUGCCUUGCAGGCGCUGCUUCUGCUGGUGGUCGGCAACCUGAAUGCAAUACGUCAGCUCUCUGGCAACUUCUACACCUACCACCUGAACAAACUACUGGACCUGCAGGAGGAGUUUAUUGAUGCAGCAGCAGAUGCUGUGAAAGAAACCAAAGACAGGAAGGAUGCUCGACGCGGUGUUCUACGGGAUGAGUCGGAUGGCGAGGAUGCUCCAGACAAGGGAUUGAGGAUUCGUGGCAAAGUUGGUCGUGUGGAAGUUCCUGAGGGUCAGGAGCGACGAUCCAUGUUGUCGGUCGAAUCCCUCUCCUUGAAGUGCCAGGUUCUUGUUGAUGCCCUGCGUGGGCACGCGGCCAAAGAUCGCCCGAAGAUUGUGUGCAAAGCCUGUCGCCUCUUUCUGUUGAUCCUGGAGCACCACAAGGGUCUAAUUUGCAAGGCAAAUGAUCAGGGGAAAAACCAAUGCCGACGGGUAGAGUUGCAGCUCCGGAAAGCCGUCCCGGACGACGAUUUGAAGUUCCGGGACGUCUUUCGACCGCUCGAAAGCAUUGUCGCCGCCUUCAUCGGGGUCUUGAAGACCCACAACGAGAACUCACCGGUGAUCAGCGUGGUCUUCUCGGUUCUGGCAAAGCUCCGAGAACUGGCCCUUCUUUCUGUGCCGGCUGGGAUGCAUCUGAAUGGCUCCAAUGCGCAGCAGCAAUGGCAGGCGCUGCUCUUUGAAGCUGGAGGUCCCGAAACGGAGCUGGUGAUUCGACAGGCUUCGAAGCGUCUCCAUCUUGCAUUGGAAGAGACCAAGAAGGGUGAUCAUCGAAUCGAGACCUUCAAGAUUGAUCCCAGCGAGAUCAAGGGGAAUGGCGAGUGGUUAACACCUCGCAUGCGUGAGGAGGUUCAGGAAAUGAUCCAAAUCGGCGAGGUGUUGGCUGCUGAUGCUUUCAAGGCCAACUGGGAGAAGAAGGAGGAGCCAGAACGCUGGGAGAGGAUCUAUCAGAAGCAACAGCAGCUGCUGGCCCAGGCGAAAUACAGGGAAGACAAGAAAAAGGCCAAGGAGAUGGGUAUUACCUACGAAGAGUUCCACCAGCGUGAGUUGGAGGAACAAGCUCGGAAAGACGCCGAAGAAGAGACCAGCAGCAGUGGAGUCUCCAGCUUCGAUAGGGAGGAAAGACCGAAGCCAGGACAGCCGGUUGAGGAAGAGGAGGAAGAACAACUGAAUUUUGAUGAGGAGGAUGUUUUCGGUGAGGCCCAGUGGCUGCGUGCCAUUGGCUUUGGUUCUCACGAUGAGGAGGACUUCGAUCGACUCUGGCGAGGGCCGAUCACUGAUGUGCUGAUGCGCAACCUGCCAGCCCCGGCUCCACCUGAUAGCAAGUGGGCCAUCGAGGCAGCUCAGCGUCGACGCGAGAUCAUCGAGCAGGCAGAGAAGAGCGGUGAGCCCUUGGAGGAUCCAGACAUGGACGAACUGCUCCAGAUCGAGAUGCUGGAGUCUGUUCAAGGCAAGUUGAAGAUCCGCGCGUUGGUGCGUCCUCAAGAUCAGAUUCAAGCCAACAACAUUGAGUCAAGGGGUAAAGAGCUCACAGAUCCCAAGGGUGCGUCCACCGAACUUGUGAAAGAGGUGGCGAAAAGUUUUAGGAGAAGUGGAUACCUGAUGCCCAAGUACGGCUUGGCUGUUAGAAUCCAAAAGCGCGCCGCGUCGAUGACGCAGUUGGCUCAAGAAGCCCAGAAAGCGACGUGA